GUCGUCUUAACGUCGCUGCUCGCUCGCGACAAUCGAUUUUAGUACAGUCGAUCGAUCGUCGAUCUACUCGAAACGUUUUGCGUAUCGACAGCGAUAUGCCAUCGUGUGCGCGAACGCGUGCGCGGCAAACGUAGAAGCAAAAGUGGUCGCGUUCGAUAGUAUCGAAGCGCGAGAGUCUCGUCUCGCACGUGGUCGAUAAUCGUCGGUGAAUCGUUCGCGGGACUCGCCACUUUCGUUUUUCUUUUUUUUCGACGCGUCAUCCGCGAGUCGAGGUGGCACACGGAUGUUCCGCCGUCCACGAAUCGCUAUGACGGAUGAUUCGUGAAAAGAAUUAAUGCGGCCUCGAAGGUGGAUCGAAAUCGAAUGAAUCACUCGAAACGGAACAGAAACUAAUCGUCGAAAUGGACAAUUUGGCCACGUGGUUGCUGCGUGUUUCUUACAACAAUACCGAAGGCGCUAUAAUCGAUGGGGAGCUAUCGAGAUUCCCGACGCCGCUGAGAACGUUUGCAGCUGUUGUCGCUUUUCUAAUAAUGAUCGUUGGUCUAAUCGGCAAUCUGUUGACGAUCAUCGCGCUAUGCAAAUAUCCAAAAGUUCGCAACGUUGCUGCAGCUUUUAUUAUAAGCCUGUGCGUGGCAGACUUCGUGUUCUGUUUCCUGGUGCUGCCUUUCGAUUCCAUCAGGUUCGUAAACGCGAGUUGGGCGGAAGUGCGGUUUCUCUGCGUCCUCGUGCCAUUCCUGAGGUACGGAAACGUCGGCGUCAGUCUCCUCUCCGUCGCAGUUAUAACAAUAAAUAGAUACAUCAUGAUAGCCCACCAUGGCUUGUACAGCAAGGUGUACAAGAAGUAUUGGAUCGCUUUUAUGAUUCUCUUUUGUUGGUUGUUCUCGUAUGGAAUGCAAGUGCCCACCCUGUUAGGAAUUUGGGGCAGAUUCGACUACGACAAAAAUUUGGAAACCUGCUCUAUCGUGAAGGAUAGCAGAGGCAGCACGUCGAAGACGUUCCUCUUCGUCAUGGGUUUCGUGAUACCCUGCUUGGUAAUCGUCGGAUGUUACACGAAGAUAUUUUGGGUCGUGCACAGCUCCGAGUCGAGGAUGAGAAAACACGCGACGCCCGCGAUAAAGUCGCCCCACACGCCCGGAAGGGACACCAGGGAGAUCAAACAGAGACGCAGUGAAUGGCGAAUAACGAAGAUGGUGCUCGCUAUAUUUCUCAGUUUCGUCGCUUGUUACCUUCCAAUUACUAUCGUGAAAGUUGCCGACGUUGAAGUUCGGUAUCCAGAAUUUCACGUAUUGGGCUACCUCCUCCUGUACUUUGCCUCCUGUGUGAAUCCGAUAAUAUACGUGAUCAUGAACAAGCAGUACAGGCAGGCGUACGCGGGCGUGAUAGGCUGUUCGCGGAUAAGGGCGAGUCUGACGCCCUACGGGAGCAGCGCCCCAGGUCACCAUCAGCAGGACUACGGCCAAGGUAACUUCGAGCACCGUCGCGUGGUAACGCUCACCAAGCUCUGACCGAACGCGAGCUAAGCGACCACACUUCGCUCACUUCACUAUUCGAAGGACUUCAGCAAGACGAUGGUGUCGACGGUCUCCAUUGCCAUGAAUCCGGUGAGGAAUUCUCGGUUCGACGACGAUCCUUAAAUUUGGGGAUCGAGAACGGGAAGAAUCAGCAGGCGAUAAUGCGGUUAAUCCUCCGAGCAUAUGGAACGAAACGUAUAUUUUCUAUUUGAAAUAUACU